CACAGUACAACACAGCAGACAGUCGUUCCAUUCAAGACCUUCAGCCAUCUUAAACAUGUUGGGUGCUGUGGGACGCUGCUGCACAGGGGCCCUUCGGGCUUUCAACCCCCAGGUCAACACCCUCAAACACCUCACGGGCAGAAAUGCUACCCUUUAUUCACAGAGGAGCUAUGUUGCCCCUGCUGCCGAGGCCAUCAUCGCCAACGGCCGCAUCGUUGCCGUCAUCGGCGCUGUGGUGGACGUCCAGUUCGACGAAGGCCUGCCCCCCAUCCUGAACGCCCUGGAGGUGGCCGGCCGAGAGAGCAGGCUGGUCCUGGAGGUGGCUCAGCAUCUUGGGGAGAACACCGUCCGCACCAUCGCCAUGGACGGUACCGAGGGUCUGGUCCGUGGGCAGCGGGUCCUGGACACCGGUGCUCCCAUCAGGAUCCCCGUGGGCCCCGAGACCCUUGGCCGGAUCAUGAAUGUCAUCGGAGAGCCCAUCGAUGAGAGGGGUCCGAUCAGCACCAAGCAGACCGCCCCUAUCCACGCUGAGGCCCCAGAGUUCACAGACAUGAGCGUGGAGCAGGAGAUCCUGGUCACCGGCAUCAAGGUCGUGGAUCUGCUGGCUCCCUACGCCAAGGGGGGCAAGAUCGGUCUGUUUGGCGGUGCCGGAGUGGGUAAGACCGUGUUGAUCAUGGAGCUGAUCAACAACGUGGCCAAGGCCCACGGUGGUUACUCGGUGUUCGCCGGCGUGGGAGAGCGUACCCGUGAGGGUAACGACUUGUACCACGAGAUGAUUGAGUCUGGAGUCAUCAACCUCAAGGACGACACCUCCAAGGUGGCGCUGGUGUACGGUCAGAUGAACGAGCCCCCAGGCGCCCGCGCCCGCGUGGCCCUCACCGGUCUGUCCGUUGCAGAGUACUUCCGUGACCAAGAGGGUCAGGACGUGCUCCUCUUCAUCGACAACAUCUUCAGGUUCACCCAGGCGGGGUCAGAGGUGUCCGCCCUUCUGGGUCGUAUCCCCUCCGCUGUGGGCUACCAGCCAACCCUGGCCACAGACAUGGGAACCAUGCAGGAGAGAAUCACCACCACCAAGAAGGGCUCCAUCACCUCUGUCCAGGCCAUCUAUGUCCCCGCUGACGACUUGACAGAUCCCGCCCCCGCCACCACCUUCGCUCACUUGGACGCCACCACCGUGCUGUCCCGUGCCAUCGCUGAGCUGGGUAUCUACCCCGCCGUGGACCCCCUGGAUUCCACCUCCCGUAUCAUGGACCCCAACAUCGUCGGAGCAGAGCAUUACGACGUCGCUCGUGGAGUGCAGAAGAUCCUCCAGGAUUACAAGUCUCUGCAGGACAUCAUCGCCAUCCUGGGAAUGGAUGAGUUGUCUGAGGAGGACAAGUUGACGGUAGCCCGCGCCCGUAAGAUCCAGCGUUUCCUGUCCCAGCCAUUCCAGGUCGCAGAGGUCUUCACCGGCCACGCGGGCAAGCUGGUGCCCCUGAAGGAGACGAUCAAAGGCUUCCAGGCCAUUCUCGAUGGCGAGUACGACGCUCUCCCCGAGCAGGCGUUCUACAUGGUGGGCGCCAUCGAGGAGGUGAUCGAGAAGGCAGCGAGAUUGGAAAAGGAGCACGGCUCCUAAAGCGCUCGCUCCUGUUUGUACAGUUCUCUAUGAUGUGUCUGCAGCAUCUUGUCCUCAAGAAAAUGUUAAAGUUGUCGAAGGAAUAAAGAAACGAUAUAUUGUA